UUCAAUUGAUACCCUUUGAUGAGUCGUCAGGCAACCCGGGUAACACUUUCAAUGGGUCUGGGGCAGUGCCGCAAUUCGGAAGGUCGGUAACAUUUGAACAACAAUCCGAAGGAACCUCGGGAACAAAAUGGCAAAACAACGUGAAAACCAUUCCAAUGGACGUUGACGACGCGACACAGUACCCUUCGCCGAAGAUACAGAUUUUUUCUAACAAGAAUGAAAAUUUCACACCACGACGAGCGACACGCAAAGUUCGCGACUGUCGAAAGCAAGCAAGUGAACCUUCGACGGCACUCAAAUUUAAACUAAAUGCUGGCGCGUCAAUUUUCUUUGGGGUAUCACAACAGCAGGGUUGGGAGACCGGAGGACGUCGUUCGGAGCAAGCUGCAAUAAAUACACAUGCUGAUAUGGAAGAUGCAUACUAUGUGCCUUUCAUGGCCAAUGAAAAAGUACAUUAUCCUUCUGAUACGCCUUAUACCCUCUUCGUAUUAGCUGAUGGACACGGGGGUUCGAAUGCAUCUAGACAUUUUUGUCGAAUGGUUCCAGAAGCGGUGCAAGAGGUAUUAUGUUCCCGUUCUUCAUGGUCAUUUAGGGAAGCAGAUGAUCAACAAUUAUUUCGCGAAAAAAUACGUGAAAUGUACAAGAAACUUGAUAAAGAUUAUUUAGAUUCGCAGAUGCGUAAAUUUUCCGAAUGGACAAAUAACGGACAUCCGGAACCAAUGCCGUCAGAUCAAGGUUCAACUUUGCUUAUUGUUAUCCUGUAUGAUGGUGUAGUUAUCAUUUGCAAUCUUGGAGAUUCGAAGACUGCCAUAUGCAAGAGAGUUCCUUCGAAAACGCCUGGUAAAGUUCCUCUCGAAUUGGCUUAUCAGUCUACAAUUCAAUCUCCAGGUCAUCCAAGCAAAGCAUACCAUGUAUACAGUAACGGAGGUAUAUUUCGCCGUGAAGAAAAUGAAAAAAUUAUCAAGCCCAAAAUUAAUCCACCGACAUAUCCAAAUGAUUCACCCACAUCAUCUCAGCUAAAAAUGUAUUCUAGUCUACAGAAAGCUCGUAUCUACAGGCCUCCAGAUUUUCAAAAUCCUUUUGGAUUAUCAAAUGAUCUUUCUCUCAAUCUUGGCGAUACGAUGGGUGAUCUGUUUUUCAAGCUUGACCCACCAUUAUUUCCGUGCGAAGCAGACGUAGACUUUUUGAUCAUGGAGCCCGGAGUGGAUUACAUCGGGGUCAUUGCCCCUGAUGGAUUGUGGGAUCAUAUGAAUGUUAAGAUGCCGGAAUUUGUACGAAAACUUGCUAGAUACUUAGGACUAUUAAAAAGUUGCGAAGAUUCGAAUUACACGACUAGUGUAUCUUCUGAAGAAGGUAGUGAUAAUAUUAUGGAACAACCACCAAGAAGAUACAAUAUUGUUUCUUCGAGUUCCGAUUCGCCUCAGAACAUGUUGACCGGAGAACAACUUCACGAUCUUGCUGGAGCGUUAUGUGAUAGAACUAGAGAUAGUUUGGACAUAUUUGAAAAAGAUCAGGGACGUUAUGAUGAUUGUACA